AUGCGCGUCGCAAUAGCAGGCACUUCUGGUCUAGCGCUUCUGAUAGCACAAGAGAUCAACAACUCGACGAGCCACCAGCUGAUCAUUCUCUCGCGAACCCAUCAAACGAGCCUGAUCGCUUCUGGUUACAACUGUCAAGUCGUUGACUACAACAGCCCCACAUCUCUGCAGCAUGCAUUGAUGGGUGUCGAUACCGUCAUCUCGACUGUACUGGGCAAUCCUCAACUCCGUCUAAUAGAAGCGGCUGUACAGUGCCGGGUUCGUCGCUUUGCACCUGCGGAAUUUGAAGGUCAGCCAAUCCAGCGAGGCCAAAACGCGCUGCUCGAUCGUGGCCGCAACUCUGCGUUGGCCUUACUGCACCACUACCGCGCCAAUAUACAGUAUACAGUCUUUGUUUGUGGCAUACUCUAUGAGCGCUUCUCGGUGAACGGGAUGAUGUCUCAUCGUCUUGGGACUCAUAGCGGCUAUGGCAACGAGGGAGACUUUGUCGCCGACCCACGGCAGAUGACUUCGACGGCACCGAUUUACGACGCAAACCAAAACCUCUCCUGUAUCUGCCUGACAUCCGCAUACGACGUGGCACAGUUCGUGGUUCGUGCUCUCGACAUGCCAACUUGGCCUUCCGAGAUGAGCAUGUGUGGUGAACGUAUGACUGUCCAUGCCUUGGUCGAGGCUAUCAGGGCGUGCCGAAACCGACCAUGGGCUAGCAUUGACUACCAAGCCCCCGCCAAUCUUGAGUACCAAAUGACGAUGGCUCAACUAGGAGGAGACACAGCCGGACAGAGGCGGCUCGCACCGCUCCUCGCGACAGCAGAGGGGCGCUAUGAUUUUGCGGUACCCGCCUACCUUAACUCAGUCUACCCAGACGUGCAGGUCACUCGUUUCCAAGACUGGUUCCUGCGCAACUGGGCCUCGGUACCCACAAACACAUUCAAAAUGGUUUCUUCUCAGCAAGGCUACGCUCCCACCACCGUCGACAUGAAGGGUAACACCCAAGCUGUCAACGAGGCUCAGUCCAACCUCCCUCUCCCCGAGCAGCCCCCUGUCGCCUCCGACUUCAACUCUGCCGAUGCCAGCACCGUCAACGUUGGCUCCGGUCGCCAAGAAGCCUCUUUCGCCUCCGGCGGUGGUGCCAUCCGCGAACCCGCUGUCGGUGCUGGCGGUGUUUCCGGACGUGAGGCCAAGGAUGGCCUUGGUGGCAUCCCCAACGACGCUGUCUCGCGCGAGGCUAAGGACAAGGCUGGUCUUGCCGACACCACCAACAAGGACUACGGAUACCCACAGAAGAACGACCCCAGCGCGGGCGUCAAGCAGUAG